GGUAGGGGCGCGAUGCUGCAGGCCCAGCUCAAGCUGCGGGGACAACGCUGAGGUGACGAUGGAGGUGAGCGGCCUCCCCCUGGAGCUGUGGCGCCUGAUCUUGGCCUACCUGCGGCUUCCUGACCUGGGCCGCUGCAGCCUCGUGUGCAAAGCCUGGUACGAGCUCAUCCUCAGCCUGGACAGCACCAGGUGGCGGCAGCUGUGCCUGCGAUGCAUCGAGUGCCGGCAUCCCAACUGGCCCAACCAGCCCGACGUGGAGCCGCGCUCUUGGAGAGAGGCCUUCAAGCAGCACUACCUGGCUGCCAAGACGUGGACCAAGAACGCCCAGGAGCUCGAGUCCUCCAACUGCUUCUCCCUCUUCCGCCGGAGGAAGGACCGCCGCGUUCUCUACGUCGGGCCUGGCUGCGAGUUUGACAACCUGGGCAGCGCCUUGACCUCGGCCAACGUCUACGACAGGAUCGUGCUGUUUCCCGGCAUCUACGAGGAGCAGGGAGAGAUCAUCCUGAACGUGCCGGUGGAGAUCAUGGGCCACGGCAAGCUUGGCGACGUGGCCCUGCUGGUGUGUGUGGACCAGCACUGCGCCACCACCCGCCUCUGCAACCUGGUCUUCAUGCCGGUGUGGUUCAGCCCGGUCAUGUACAAGGUGUCUUCAGGUCACGUCCAAUUUGAUAACUGCAACUUUGAAAAUGGGCAGUUGCAGAUUCAUGCUCCAGGAACCUGCCAAGUCAAAUUUUGUACCUUUAAUCAAGCCAGCAUCAGCCUUCACAGCGUAGCCCUCUGUGUCCUUGAAAAUUGUGAAUUUGUUGGGAGUGAAAUUGCCUCUGUGACUGUUGAAGGGCAUCCAUCCUCUGACAGGAACUGGGCCUAUAAACAUCUGAUGGGACUGGUCAAGUCCUUUUCUGCUUUAUCAAACACCCAAGACUCAACCCCUUUAAACCCAUCAAACCAAGAAACCUUAGGGCAUCUGCCCACACAAAAUCUAAGGACCUGUGAGAUUGUCAUAGGUGAAGACCAGAACAACUUACUUCCCCCUUCAAGAUCCCCACAAGCAUGUGAGAAAGACUUCCAGAAGGACAAUGAAAUUAAGAGGGAUCUGUGCUCUGCCAGGGACUGGAAGGGGAUCGACCCCGACCCUGACUCCAAUGACAGCAGCCAGAGCUCUGGCAGUGAAAACGAACCUGAAGACCAAUUUGUGUACAAAGUCUCUCACCAGGCGCCUAGCCUGAGCCACACCCUGGCCAGGUCUCUGCUUGGCCAGCCACAGACCACUCGACUGUCCAACCUCCAGAACGGCCUAGAACUGAAAACUUUACACCAAGAGCUUCAGAGAGACAGUGAGGCUCAGUCCCUUGCCAGCUCCUUGCAGGGCUGCCUCAUUCGGAAGUGCCUUUUUAGAGAUGGCAAGGGGGGCGUCUUUGUUUGCUCCCAGGGCCGGGCCAAGAUGGAAGGAAACAUCUUCAGGGACCUGGUGUAUGCUGUCCGGUGUGUGCAGAAUAGCAAGAUCAUCAUGCUAAAGAAUGAUAUUUACCAUUGCAAAGCAUCAGGAAUAUUUUUGCGCCUGGAAGCAGGAGGUUUGAUUGCUGACAAUAACAUUUAUUCGAAUUCCGAGGCUGGUGUGGAUAUCCGAAAGGGAGCCAACCCAUUCAUACUGUGUAAUAAGAUACACAGUGGCCUUCGUUCAGGCAUUGUCGUCCUUGGCAACGGAAAAGGCAUCAUCCGUAGCAAUCAAAUAUAUGGAAAUAAAGAAGCUGGCAUUUACAUUUUGUAUAAUGGAAAUCCCAUUGUGAGUGGAAACCACAUUUUCCAAGGUCUUGCUGCUGGCAUAGCAGUAAAUGAGAAUGGAAGAGGACAAAUAACAGAAAACGUCAUACGUGAAAAUCACUGGGGUGGUGCAGAUAUUCGUCGAGGAGGUGAUCCUGUUCUCAGAAGCAACCUUAUUUGCUUUGGCUAUUCAGAUGGUGUGGUUGUAGGAGAACAGGGAAAAGGACUGAUUGAAGGAAAUACUAUAUAUGGAAAUAAAGGCUGCGGCAUGUGGAUUAUGUCCUCAAGCCUCCCACACAUCACAAGCAACCAGAUUGCCCAUAAUAGCAUCUAUGGGGUGGCUGUGUUUUGUCAGAAGGAUGAUGCUAAUGAUUACCUCAUUAGCCAAGGAAGCAAUGAAAAUUUCAAUGAUGAAGGUGAAGCUUCCAACUGGGAAAAUGAACUGGAUGGUGAAGACGACCACUUCUCCUCCCGGCGGCCAAUUAGCGUGGCUCUCAUUGAGUCUAACAGUAUUAACCACAAUGGAGCUGCUGGGCUGUAUGUCAAGAGCAAUGAAGCUCUGAAUGUUAUUGCCAACGUUAUCAUCGCCAACCAGGAGAGCGGGUUGGCUGUGUUGCAGAGUACCCAGCUUACCCGGAUCGCCAACAAUAGCAUCUCCUGCAACUAUCUUGGCGGGGUCCUUGUUGAGUCGGAGUGCAGAGUGGAGCUUCGUGGAAAUGGCAUCUAUGACAACAGGGGCCCUGGGGUCUCCUCCAAGGGAGACGGGACCAUCCUAGAAAAUGACAUCAUUGGCAAUCAGGGCUGUGGGCUACAGUUACUGCAGGCAGCAAACAUGAAGAUCACCAAGAACAGGAUCCACUCCUUCCGUGAUUAUGGAAUUGUAAUGCUUGACCAUGUCAAAGGCCUGGUGCAGGAAAAUAUGAUCUUUCAAGGGAAGGCCAAAAAGACCAUUUUGCAGCAGGUUUCCAAUCUUGAAGACUGUUUAGUACAAAACAACAAGCUUUUGGCUUUCAAAAAGUCUGACGUCCCCUGGAAGUUAGAGAAUCCCCCUGCAAGACCUCACAUUGAAGAAACCACAAGAAGCAUCUCCACAGCCCACCAUAGUCAAAAGGUGGCGAAUGUGACGACGAGGAUAGCCACCCGAGUGGAAGGCAGAUGUCCCAACAGCCGCAGCAUCUUGUGUACCAUCCUGUGACCCUGCCUCAGCAUCUCCUAUUGUCCCUCCUUCAAACUCAGGUCUAGGCUGACCACGUGGUCCCUGUAGCAUCCCUGAGUGCUCACUCUGCCCAGGAACGGAGUGAGGGAUGGGCUGCACGGGAGAAAGCCAUUGGGGUUGGGGGGUUUAUUUGCCUCUGCCUAGUCCUGUGGGGAGAAAUUAACACCAGCAAGUGUAAGUCAUCCAGGCUUGCUGGGAAUAGUGCCUGAUAGAAUAUCGAGGCAUAUUUUUCUUUUUCUCUGGAAGCUGGUACAGGAUUUAGUGUGGAAGAGCCCAGGGAAUAGGAUUGAACUAUUCUUUGAAGAGGUGAAUGUAGUUUGUGGGUUUCCCAUUAUUGAGAUUCUGUUAGCAGAUCCAAGAAUGCAAGGGCAAGACCAAAUGGCCAUUAUGGCUUUGUGAAAAGGGGGGAAAGUAUUUUUGAGGGAUUGUAAUAAGAGGCAUCAUUUCAAGUCAAGAGAUCUGGGAUUGAAUUCUGACUGUCAGUUACUAGUUGUGUGACUGGUCCAGUCACUUAACCACUGAUGAAUGGGCUUCGACUUUCCUCAUCUAUAGAAGGAGAAGAUUUGGAUUUCUGACAGUCUUUCCAUCCCCAAAAUCGGGAGAUCCUGUGAGUUUGUGGAGAACUGUUUGCUGGGCAGAUGCGCACUUCAGCCUUUCCAUAGUGACUGACAUCCGAGGGCAUGUCGCCCCAGGGGUCCAGACCAAAGCCUGGCUCUGACAAGAUUCAGUUUCUUCUCCCCAGAGUUGGUCUGGCAGCCCCAGCCAGUCCUCAGGAAGCGCAUCAGCCCCGGCAAACGUCUUGGUGCCCACUGGGUACAGGACACUAUGCCCAACACUGAAGACAGAGAGGUCCUGGUUGCAGCCCCAGCGUUUAAGGGGGCAACCUGGCCCUCUGCAGGCUCCCCCAACACUGACCAGAGUGGGAGCCCUGAGACCGAGACACCAAACCCAUCUUGUUCUCCGGGCCCCCCACUCUGCUUCCCCCGGCAGGCACUCCUGGAGAUUCCCUUCUGGAGCACAGGCUCCGUGGCUCCGGCCCCGCUGUCAAGGCUUUGAUUGCAUUCCCAGAGCAGGCCGUGUCUGCUGUCCAAGAACAAGCCUUAGCUAAGUGUGCACGGUACAGCCAGCUAACUUCCUGGCCCGCACGCUCUCAGAGCCAGCACCCAUUCAGACAAACUCUAUACAAAUGCAUCUUAGACAAUCAGAGCCAAGGGGAUGGGGGAAUCUCACCCUGCGUUGCUCCUUUGAUCCCAGAGGGCCAUGGGGCCAUGGAGGCAGGUCUGCAGGCCCAGAGGCUGAGCCCCCUAGGGCUUACCACUGACGGAAAGCUCUUCGUCCCCAGAUCCCAGGACUCUGAUAGCUCCAUCUCACCAUCAGGCGGCUCCGGGGCUUCUGGGACAAGCAAGGCGGAGUUUUGGAGGGGGCCGCAUUGCCUGCACCGUGGCUCUCCUCGUGGGGUGGGAGAGGCAGAAGGAGAAUUCCUGUGGAAGGGAAUGAGGUCGGAGGCUGAGAGGGCACAGAAAUGCUGGUGUCCCAAGUACUCUUGAUCUGUGCUCAUUUCUUUGGUAGAAAUGUUCCACAUGGAACUGAUGGGCACCCUUUUUAAGUUGUACAAUGUGCAGCAUUUCCUAUUUUUAAAGAAAAAUCAUUUGUAUGUGAAAAUAUAAUGAAAAGACAUAAUGGAAAAAUAAAGUAUAUUUUUAAAAA